AUGGUCGAUGUCUCAAAGCGGAAUAGUCAGCAGCGCCACAAGAACAGCUCCGCAAGCCGGGUUGAAGCGACAGAUGCGCAGACACCGAGUACUUUGUAUACGGUAACUGUCCCGACUGACAUGACGAUGGACGACGGUAGGCCACUUACUUCCUUCUCUUUGACUCAUGUCUACUAUGAUCCAGCGGAUCGAAUAUCUUUCCUCUGCGCAUGGCUUGCUCUUGUGCCUCAAGGCCUAUGUAUCGUCUAUGCUUCGCUCAUAUGGAGUUCACGAGAAGCUGAGAUAUUUCUCAUGUUCGCGGGCCAGAUUGGCUGCGAGGCGCUUAAUUGGAUCCUGAAGAGAAUCAUCAAGGAAGAACGCCCUAAACAAAUAUACGGUAAGGGAUAUGGCAUGCCGUCCUCUCAUGCCCAGUUCGUGGCGUUCUUUUCAAUCUACUUCAGUCUCUUCCUUCUCAUUCGGCAUCAGCCGCACCCGACCCACACGCAUACACCAUUUCCUUUCACGCACAGAGUACUGCUUUCAAUAGCAUCACUGCUGUCAGCGGCAGCAGUGUCGGCUAGCCGCGUAUAUCUCAACUAUCAUACUCCGAGGCAAGUCAUCGCUGGCUGUACAGCUGGGACUCUCAUCGCGAUUGGUUGGUUCAUAGCGACAACAGUUCUGCGGAAAACAGGUUGGCUUGAGUGGCUCCUCGAGACGCAGCUGGCAAGGAGUCUGCGAGUGCGUGACCUGGUUGUGACUGAAGAUCUAAUGGACGCUGGCUGGGCGCGAUGGGAGGAGAGGCGUAAGAGAAGGAGAAUUGCGUCUGCAAAAAAGCGUGGAUGACUUUGAACACAUGACCUGGCUGUGACUCCAGCACCCUAAGCGCAGCCAAGAGCUGGAUAUACUACAGACAACGCUUGAUCACAGAAGGGGCACUACAUACCGCCACGAGCACCCUUGAGGCGUACAAAUGUCGACAGCAUGGGGGUUGACGUCAAUCUAUGAAGCACUCCGCGUCGCUUGUGCAGAAUGAACUUCAUGAGCCUUGCUUUACAUGUCCUAAAUCUCUCUCCACCAUGCACAAGCUCCUCUCUCCUGACAAAAUACAAUCUGCGUGUGUGAAAGGUCAAGCCUACGCCUUUUUCUAGGAUAUUUGAAUUCGUUCUUGGUCUCGUGAUGAGACGAUGGUACUAUGAUUAGCCGCAUGAUAAGUCCUAACUGCUAGCAUCUAAAUCUGCCCGAUGGGCAAGUAAGCCUUCACUGCUAUUGCGCCGUCAGCGAUUUCGGUACAAUGCGGUGGCAUUCAUGCAUGUAUACAGCAUUCUCGUUCUUUUCAUGGCUAAAGCCACAGUGAUAUGCAUGCUCCUUUGCGAAGCCGCGGAUUCUUGCAAGCAACUGAGAGAAGAUUUUGGAAAUGAGGGCAACAAGCAGGAUCUCGUCAAUCUAACUGGCACUGAAGAGAAAUUUGUGUGCGAGAAAAGAUAUAAUACAAAGUUCCACAGAUUU